UUUAUAGGCGAAUCAACGACAUUUUCAAUCAUAACUUAAUAAAGUAAUAAUCCAAAGAUGCGUUUUUUGUGGCUGUUUUUAAUUUCCAUCUUUUUAACUGUAACUAGUGGUGAUAAACCAUGCGAUGAUGAAAACGCUCAUUAUAUUACAUGCGGAACAUUAUGCGAACCCAAAUGUCCUGAAAUGAACUCAAAAGAAACCCUGGAUAAUUGUUCAAUGUGUAUUAUUGGGUGCCAUUGUAAACCUGGAUACGUUUUGCACGAUUCUAAAUGUAUUUUACCUGAAAACUGUCCUUCAAAAGAAUAAGUUAAAAAAACCUUUUCUAAAAUAAAUUUUUUAUUAUUAACAUUA